CUCGAAAAAUAAACUGGCGCGAAGUUGGAAAGAUGUAUAAAUUUCUGGCUGCCUGCUAUUCGCUGACGACGGUUUUUUUUUUGCCUAAUGAAUCGAAAAUUAUCGAAGGGAAUUUAAACGUGUCCCCCGAAGUGGGCGGAAACAGAUACAUCUCCUUGGACAAAAAUAACAUAAACGACUUCAUCAAGGUGAAGGAAAACAACUUCCUGUUCAGCGUCACCUGCAAGACGUCCACGUUUUUGAGCGGCGUGAAGAACUACGUUCUACGUAAGGUGUCUUCCUCGCUGGACCUGCUGGAGUCUCUCCGGUCGGAUCGCGUGAACCCCGAGAAUGUAGAGGCCCUCGAAGGCGUCGUGGAAAGGACGUGGGACCGAGAAAACAAGGAGUUCCUAGCCACGACGAGGAAGCUAAUCGAGCAGUACACGGACAGCGACUUGUUCAUACUGCAAAUAGGGCUGAACAGCAUCGCAUCAGCAAUUAUUGACAGGCAUGAGAAUGUAAUUUUUGUAGAGGAAGAUGUAGAAGUGUGUAAAAAUUAUUUCUUCCACAAAAAUAAUAGGUGUCUGUUACUGCUGAAGGGAGUGGAAUUCUACUGCCUUAAAGAUGAUGAGGGAGAUGAGGAGAAGUACAUACACGGCACACUAGAUUUAAUUACAAAAAUUUACCAAAACAGAAACAACCAAGUGAUAGAUGUGCUCAUCGUCAGUCACAAGUACCCGGUGGCCUUGCUGUACUACGUGUACCCGUACAUGGACUCCUCCACGCUGGUCAUCCUAAUGGAUAACUUAAACCACCAGAUGAAGGAGGCCAUUUUUGAGUACUACAAUUUUGUAGGCGAGGCGGACUUUUCCAGGAGCUUCGAGAAGCGCUUCUUCAGCUCCUACGGGGAGGACUCCCCCAGUGAAGGCACCCACCACAAUGAUGGCACUCCCAGUGAUGGCACCCAGCACAAAUACGAGUUCAACGAAAACGCAUACAUCCACAGCAAAAUGAAGCAGUCCCCAUUCUACGUAGUCACCCUGAACCCGAAGAUCAUGAUGAACCCAGCGCAAAAUCGAUACAAAUUUUUCAUUUCCAAGGAGUACACCUCCUCCUACGAAACGCAAAUUACAAGAAUGAUAAAGGACAUCGAAAAAUUGCUCAAGCUGAAUGGUACCUUCUACACAAAGAACAAAGUGCUGGUUCAAAACUACUUCUCUGUAAUAAAUGAUUUUGAAUUUGACAACGAUGAGCAUGUGAAGAAGCACGUGACGGAUAUGCUGACUGCCAUUCUGAAUGCCUUUGCCACCACAGGAGAUAUAAAUAAGAACAAUUAUAAUUAUGCCUUGGAGAGUUUGGGCAAUAUCUUCCAAUUGAUGCUAUAUAAUGUUUAUAACAACUCAAAAUUUAAAAUGCUAUUCACCCCCCUAAUCGACUUCUUCAAAUUGUACCUAAAUAAAGAUGACGCAAAUUAUAUCAUGUAUGAGUUUCUUCUCUAUGGCCUGAUUAAGAACUCUGCCCAGGUUGCCUCCUACGAGUUGAAGGAACUCCUCUUCCUGGAUGUUCUGAGAGACGUCUCCAAGACGGUGAAUCGACUCUCCAUCGGGGAAGUCAUUCAAGUCGUUACCAAGCUGAACAUCCUCCUCAAGAAACUCAGGUCCAGGGAGGACAUCACGCAUGUGAAGGAGUACGUCAGGCGGGACUUCGACCUGGACUACAUCAACAACGAGUUGUAGAGGUGGAGGGGGGGAAGGCACACCUACAUCGUAGGGUUACAUCGUAGGGUUACAUCGUAGGGUUACAUCGUAGGGUUACAUCGUGGGGUUAUAUUGUAGGGUUAUAGCGUGGGGUUAUAUUGUAGGGUUAUAGCGUGGGCCUCCCUGGCAUGGACUCACUUUCGAAGGGCGAGCGAUUGGCCCAGCUCAUCUCAGUGGCCACACCUCUGACUCCUUCACACCCCCCCCCGUGUUUCUCUUUUUUUUUUACUUUAUUUUUUUGUGUCACUUGGGACUGUGCAGAGGCGUGCUUCCCCUUUUUAACGACCACCCCUGCAUCUUCCAGCGCACCUUGUUUUGUUGCAACUUGUGGAUUGCUCGCCGAUUGGCUCCCCACCCCCUUUUUCUGUGUCUGCACCGCUUUACGUCUGCUAACCUUUUUUGUGUGUUUACAUAUAUGCCCCUUCGCGCGAACCCCCUUAAACGUAUUGAUCCUAGCACC